AUGGGAUUUACCAACAUGUCAUACCUGAACCCAAAGACAGUGAUCCUGAUUGGUAUCCCUGGACUCGAGAAUGUGCAGUUUUGGAUUGGAUUUCCUUUCUUUGGCCUGUGUCUGCUGGCUCUUCUGGGGAACACAUUAUUGCUAAUUAUUAUCCCUAUGGAACACAGUUUACACCAACCCAUGUAUAUCUUCCUAGCAGUAUUAGCAGCUACUGAUCUAGGUCUUUGUGUAGCCAUUGCUCCAAAGAUGUUGGCCAUUUUCUGGUUUGGUUCUUGCUCCAUGGCUUUUGAUGCUUGCCUCACCCAGCUCUUCUUUGUUCAUGCCUUGCAGGGCAUGGAAUCUGGCAUCCUCUUGGCCAUGGCCUUUGACCGCUACAUUGCCAUUUGUGAUCCUUUGAGGCACACAUCCAUCCUCACACCUUUCUUUCUAGUUCGAGUGGUGCUAAUGGUGGCAAUCCGGGCAAUAGUACUGGUUGGAAUUUUACCCAUUUUACUGAAACAACUGCAACUUUUCCACUCUUUGAUUAUUGCCCAUUCUUACUGUGAGCACAUGGCUGUAGUCAAGAUGGUAGAAGAAGAUGUUCACAUUAACAAGUCAUAUGGGCUCUUCGUGGCUUUUGCAAUUCUAGGGUUUGACAUGGUCUUUGUCUUCUUCUCCUACAUUCUGAUUUUUAACGCAGUUUUUCAUCUUCCACAGAAAGAGGCGCGAAUCAAAGCAUUCAAUACUUGUACAGCUCAUAUUGUUGUCUUCUUGGAGUUUUAUAUUCUUGCUUUUUUUUCUUUCUUCAGUCACCGUUUUGGCCAUGUGCCUCCUUAUGUCCACAUCCUCUUGUCUACCAUCUACUUGCUUGUGCCCCCUGCCCUUAACCCUAUUGUCUAUGGUGUGAAGACAAAGGAGAUUCGUAUACGGGUUGCUCAGGUUUUCAUUCUGAAACCUGAUACCCAUCAAUGA